AUGCCUCGCAUCGCAGAUGAACUUGAAGACGACGCUUUAUCCGACGGCGGUGAUUACGAUAUGACGCCAGAUCAACAAGGUCUGCACGAUACAAAUAUGUUGGCGUCGGUCCAAGCUGAACUCGACCAAGCUCGAAUGGAAGAUGGGCUUGACCAGGUGAAAUUGGUUAUCGGCGAUGAAUCUCAGUCAGGCUUCUCGGACAACGAAAUAAGGGACGUUCUCUGGGAAUACUACUUUGACAUCGAGAAAACUAUCGAAUGGGCUCUUGAGGAACGCCAAAGACGGCAACAGGCCAAAGAACGUAAAGGGGACUGGGGCGAUCAUGUCAAUGAUCCCUCAACGGAUAAUAUUGGAGGAUCUUAUCAGUAUUACCAAGACAGUCAUUCUGGAAACUUUCAAAUACUAGACAGUGAACAAGGGAUGCAUGAAACAGAAACACGGCCACGUCUUCCAUCCAUAUUUCUCGCUCAACAACAACCUGGCUUUGACAACCAGGCAUACUUGGCUGUUGCAAGUUCCCCGGCCUCAACGCGUCCCCAUAGGCUCAGCACUAUCACAGAAAGGACCGAGAGGACUGAACCUUCCAUGCUCUGGCGUUCUGUACAACCGUCUGUUGUUCCAACAACUCCGCGUUCAUUCGUUUCAAGUAAUACCACAUCUUAUGGCAAAGAGUUAGAUCGUGAGGGGUCACUGGAAGACCACCAUUAUCUACAAGACCCAAACACAAGCCGAACAUCACCUUCGGGUUCUGCCAUCCAGAGACUUUCUAUCUAUGAUCCUCCCCCUUCAAAUUCUUCCACGAUUUCGCCUCCAGACCCUCUCAAUCCUCCUACAUCAAGCGACCAAAUAUCUUUGAAAGAUAUACCAUCGAUUCCUGAUUUAACCUCAAAGUCCAGUGAACAUAUUCAGGUGCAACCUCCGACUCCCAGCCAAUCUUUGCCUAGCACGACAGGGAAAGCACAGUCCAAGUUAUCUAAAUUAGCAAGUUCAAGAGCGAGCACAAUCAGUUCAAGAAGUGAAAGCUCCAGGUCUUCCGGUACAUCUGUCAUGGGUUCUAUUAAAACAUAUCCCGCACUCCGACCAUCAGCCCUGUCUGAAAGGCCCCCAAGCUCCGUGGCAUCUUCCAAAGAACUUCCACCUCUACCGUCCCACAUUUCAUCAUCGUCUGAUUCGAGCAUUCAUGACUCCACAUCCUCCAUCGUCCGAAGGGCCAUACAAACAGCUAUAAAGCUUGAGGCUGUGGACAAGGAACAUACUCCGAGAGCCUCAAGGCCACAGUCUCCUGUGGCUGAUGGGGACUCAACACGGUCGAAAACUCCAACACCCAGAGACUCAAACCCUGCCGCUGCCUCUUCACUGCUGAAGACAUCGUCGCCUUCUGCCCGUCCACUUUCGAAGUUAGCUUUACUUGCCCAAAAGAAGUCUGAAACAGCCUCUUCCAAAUCAUUUCCGUAUGACAACACUUCAGCAUCCUCUCCUUCUCGUCCUCUCUCUAAACUUGCGAUGCUGGCACAGCAAACGGUCGAUGCUAGCAGGGUGCCAAAGCUUCCCAAGACCACCACUGAAUAUCUUACACCAAUCGCCAAUGGUUCUUCUGUGACCACUGCAAUCACUACGUCCUACCAAUCGUUGUACAGUCUUACAGACCCCUCUAAAUCCAAUGUUAUCCCGAAGCUUGACAUUGUGCCUAUCCAAUCCCCAAUUUCUGUGGUUGGAUCUCCUUCGGAUAUUAAACCUUCUAAAUUGGCUUUAAAAAUAAAACGGGCAGGAGAGAAAACACCAAUAAAUUCAGGAUUUCCUUCAGAAGAUGACGGUGCGCCUCCAAUAUCGCCCAUCUUUCUUCCUGGGACGACCCGCGCUCGUGCGUCGCCUUCUGCCUUUGCAUCUGUGCUUAUCCAUGACGAAUCAAAUUCAAAAGAUCGAGGAAAAGAUAAAGAGGCGAGGCGCAAAAAUAAGGACAAGGAAAGGCACGGGAAACCACCGAAGACGUCCCCGAAACAUGCUUCUCAGACUGCUAGUCAAACAUCCAAAGUAUUUGCUUUCGAUGGACCAAGUCCAGAUGAUAUCGUGUUCAACGCCCGUAAAAAGGCUACUCCCGGCUCGAAAAAGGCUUCUACUUUAUCUACGCCGAAGGUUUCCGAAGCGAUAACAAAAUCGUGA